AUGGAGUCAUGUCGUGAGCAAAAGGAGGGAGACACCUUGAAUGUGGAGGAGGGAGAUGCAUCGCACAUGGAGGAGAGAGAAGAGAGGUUUCACGACGUUUCUGGUUCAUGCAUCACUUUGGGACUUAUUCAUCACGGAGGUGCUGGAACAACAGCUGCGGGACUCAAAGCUGCUUGCCCAACAACAAUAGUUCCUUUUUUCGGCGAUCAACCAUUUUGGGGUGAUAGAGUACAUGCUAGGGGAGUUGGUCCUCCACCUAUCCCAGUUGAUGAGUUUUCGCUUCCCAAGUUGGUUGAUGCAAUAAAGUUUAUGCUAGAUCCUAAGGUAAAGGAACGUGCAAUUGAACUUGCUAAGGCAAUGGAAAAUGAGGAUGGCGUGACAGGAGCUGUGAAAGCAUUUUUUAAGCAGCUUCCUGAAAAAAAUUCAGAGACUGAUGCAGACCCACAACCAUCCAGGUUUUUUUCUGUAAGAAGAUGUUUUGGUUGUUCCUGA